AUGAAUACCGUGCAGCAAGACUCCAGUCUUCACGAGUACUGUUUUGAUGAGCUUCACAUGCCUUCAGUUCCAACUGAGUUUCGUGGUGCUCUGAUAGAAUUUGAUGAGGCCACUCAUCAGAAUGAAGAUGCAACCAUGACGAGAGACAGAGACCAAAAAACCGAGAGGACUAGAAAGAUCGGGAGAAUAGAGCCCCGAGGACAAGACGAGGAUUCCCUUUCGAGAGAGAGGAGGAGGAAGGAAGGAGCAUGGGGCGAGGAGGAAAAAAGAGGGAGAAGAAAGAGAACAAAGGAGGAAGUGAGUCAGGAGAGAAGGAAGAAAAGAGAAGAGGCGCGAGAAAGAACGAAGAUGGGAAGAGAGCAGAGAAUGCAAGGAGAGAAUGAGAGGCAGAAAAUACAAGAGGAGGAAGACAAGGAAAAGAGGAGGGAAAAGAAUGAGGAUAGGCGAUAUCUACCACAGUACGAUCUUCUGAACGGCUGGCAUCAUUCAUGCAAUCAGGCAGCUUCAAAUAUUUCAGAAGAAAUCAUCAACGGCAUUCAGAAAUUUAUUCUGGACUACCAGACUGCAAGCACGACUAGCGACGCAGCGAGACCGACGUAA